UGCCCCUUUAGCGCAUAUGACUCUGAACCAGCCACUGCUCGAGAUAUAAACACACGGAACACAUCGUCCUUUACACGAUAAAGUUUAACAAUGUCGUUACGAAGCAUUUUGAAGCUUAGCCUCCGCUCAAAUUUGGGGUUAUUGUACUCACUUUCCCCAGCAAGCAGAGUAGUUGUGAAAACAGCAGCGAGUCACACAAGACACAGCAGCAGCAGAAGGUCAGAGGUCAUCAGCCGGUACCCAGUGCCAAACAAGAAGAACCUGCCAUUUGAUAUCGUGGAGCUGAUGGAGGAGGUCGAACAGAAGGGAGGGUUUUUGCCCAAUGUCUUCAAGGUUCUCGCCCAUCGUCCUGCUGAAUUUCGGGCUUUCUUCUCUUAUUAUAAUGCCCUCAUGAACAAAGAAAGUGGUGGUCUGUCAAAAGCAGACCGGGAGCUGAUUGUUGUUGCGACCAGUGCUCACAAUCACUGCUUGUAUUGUGUGGUAUCCCACAGUGCAUUGCACCGCAUCUAUUCCAAAAAACCCAUGCUGGCUGAUCAGGUUGCAGUUAAUUACAAGGUUGCGGAGCUGAGCGCGCGUGAGAAGGCCAUGCUGGACUUUGCUCUGACAGUCUGCAGGAGUGAAACCGUAACUGAAGAACAUCUCUGCACACUGGAGGCUCAUGGAUUUGACCGAGAGGAUAUUUGGGACAUUGCUGCCAUUGCUGCCUUCUUUGCUCUGUCCAACCGCAUGGCCCAUCUGACUGACAUGAGACCUAACGCAGAGUUUUACAACAUGGGGAGAGUGCAGAGAGACAAAGAAAAAGCCUCUGAUGGGCAGGCCAAGGAUGAAUAGACUCAUAGUUAUAUUUUUCUAUAACACCAAAUCCUUCAAAACUGUUAAAUAAUCAUUAAGAGGAUUGUUAAAACACUGAUUUGCAAAAUAUCACCCAAAGUUCUUUCUGUAACCCUUUAACAAAUGUUUGCACGUUUAGCUUUUAAGC